AUGAAGCCACCCCCCAUGCUGGGCGCAGAUGGUUUGCUCCUGCAUGGCGUAAAGUUUCCUUCCGCCUUGUGCACAGUGUGCCUGACAGAGGAGCAGCGAAGGAGUGUGUAAACAUGGCGGACAUGGAAGCUGAGACCACCACCCAGCCAGAGCCAAUGGUGGAUAAAGAGGAACCUCUUUUCAGCAGCCUCGACAUCUUCCUCUUUACCCUCAUCAUCGGACUUGUCAUCUAUUGGUUUAUGAACCGCAAGAAGCCAGAGCCCAUUCCCGAAUUCAAGAAGCUUGACACACCGGCACCCACUACAAGAGAGACCAGUUUCAUUGAGAAAAUGAAGAAAAUGGGCAAGAACAUCAUUGUGUUCUAUGGCUCCCAGACGGGUACAGCGGAAGAAUUUGCCAAUAGACUGUCCAAAGACGCUCAGCGCUACGGCAUGAAAGGAAUGGCUGCUGACCCAGAGGAAUAUGACAUGGGUGAGCUGUCCCGUCUGUCUGAGAUUAACAACUCUCUCGCCAUAUUCUGCAUGGCCACCUACGGCGAGGGAGACCCCACAGAUAACGCCCAGGACUUCUACGACUGGCUGCAGGAGAACGAUGAUGAGAACCUUUCUGGACUCAACUACACUGUGUUUGCCUUGGGCAACAAGACAUACGAACACUACAAUGCAAUGGGGAAAUAUGUCGACAAAAGGUUGGAAGAACUUGGGGCCACGCGCAUCUUUGACCUUGGUUUGGGAGAUGAUGAUGGCAAUCUGGAAGAGGACUUCGUUUCCUGGCGGGAGCAGUUCUGGCCAGCCGUCUGCGAGCACUUUGGAGUGGAAGCUUUAGGCGAUGAAUCCAGCAUCCGCCAGUACGAGUUGAAGGAGCACCCUGACAUCAACAUGAACAAAGUGUACACAGGAGAGAUCGGCCGCCUCAAGAGCUUUGAGACCCAAAAGCCGCCUUUUGAUUCCAAGAACCCCUUCCUGGCACCAGUCACUGUCAAUCGCAAACUCAACAAAGGUGGCGACAGGCAUCUUAUGCACCUUGAACUGGACAUAACUGGUUCCAAGAUCAGAUACGAGUCAGGAGACCAUGUUGCUGUUUUCCCCACGAAUGACCCUGCAUUGGUGAAAAGGUUGGGAGAAAUCCUUGGAGUGAACCUUGAUACUGUUAUCUCGCUCAACAACCUUGAUGAGGAGUCCAAUAAGAAGCACCCUUUCCCAUGCCCCACCACCUACCACACUGCCUUGACUCACUACCUUGACAUCACACACCCUCCUCGCACCAACGUCCUUUAUGAGCUGGCACAGUACGCUACAGACCCCAAAGAGCAGGAGAACAUGCGCAAGAUGGCCUCCUCCUCCCCUGAGGGCAAGGCACUGUACCAAAGUUGGGUGUUGGAUGCCAGUAGAAACAUUGUUGCCAUCUUGGAGGAUCUGCCUUCUUUGAGGCCUCCAAUUGACCAUCUGUGUGAGCUGCUGCCUCGUCUCCAGGCCCGCUACUACUCCAUCGCCUCCUCCUCUAAGGUUCACCCCAACAGCAUCCACAUCUGUGCUGUGGUCGUGGAGUACAAGACCAAGACUGGCCGCAUCAACAAGGGAGUAGCCACCAACUGGCUUAAGAACAAAGUGGUUACUGAUAACGGUUACAAGUCCACCGUGCCCAUGUACAUUCGCAAAUCCCAGUUCCGGCUGCCCUUCAAGGCCACCAACCCAGUCAUCAUGAUCGGCCCUGGGACGGGAAUCGCUCCAUUCAUGGGCUUCAUCCAGGAGAGAGGCUGGCUCAAAGAGCAAGGAAAGGAAGUUGGCGAGACGGUGAUGUAUUUUGGCUGCAGACACAAGAACGAGGAUUACCUUUACCAGGAGGAGCUGGAGGAAGCAGAGAGUAAUGGAGUUCUAACAAAGCUUAAUGUUGCUUUCUCCAGGGACCAGGAACACAAGGUGUACGUGCAGCAUCUCCUGAGGAACAACAAGGAGGAACUCUGGAAGCUGAUCCACACACAGAACGCUCACAUCUACAUCUGCGGGGAUGCAAGGAACAUGGCCAAGGAUGUGCAGACGGCUUUCCAUGACAUCGCAGAGGACUUGGGAAACAUGACGCGCACCCAAGCCACAGAUUACAUCAAGAAACUUAUGACCAAGGGACGCUACUCACAGGAUGUCUGGAGUUAAAGGACCCAACCUCACCUACUCAAGUUGGUUUUAAUUUGUUUCUGUUGGUGUGUAUCUUGUUAUGUCAGGACUGGAUACAAAAGCAUUACACAGUUGUUCUUACUCACACUGGUCUUUGAGAGCAGCAAGAAGCAGUGGAUCAUGAGGCUUUCUGUCAAGCCCUACCUCAACAGGUUUUAUUAAUGACCCCAGUACUGAUUUAAAUCAUUGUUUCUUAAACUAUGUAUUAGGACCCAAAAUAGCUCACCGCCUGUUUUCUGAUGGGGCUCCCACUUAAUACUAAUAGUGCUACUACCUUAUAUUGAGCUUUGGUCCCAAGGCCAGACUAGGUUUACAGUCUGUAUCCUGUGGCAUGUCAACGUUUAAGAACUGAUCUUCAUCAAUUAAUUAUUCCCACUGGGUGUUUGACUGCAACUAUAGUCUCUCUGGUAUUACAGUUGUGAAGCAUUGGCUUGAAAUUCCUUAAUGAGUCAUGGAUGCUUCUUUCAAAGUAGAAACACAGUAAGACACAAAUGCAGCAAAGAAGCCCUCGUCAAUUCAGGUUUUAUUUUUCUACACACUUAAACGUAAUACUGAUGAGUCACCCUUCGUCUGUGCAAUAUUUGAUACCAUUUUCUAUUACUCUGAGUGGAAAUUGUCUCUUUUGUUGGAAAAGGACUCACUAAUCCCAUCUGAUUAGUGAGUCAAGCUGAUUGUGCCCCAUUUUUUAACGAAGCAUUUUGAAUACGCCAUCUGAAGUCAUUUGGGAGUUCACAUCAGUAGAAUACCACCAGGCACAGCAGCAGACAAUAAUGUUGCAUCGUAUGUUUAGACUGAUGUAUUGGUAGGCGUUUAUUCCUACUGCAGUCAGUGUAUAGCACACUCACAGACUGCCUUCAACACGACAGGGUGCUGACAUACUAGAUUUUUGGGGUUUUGUUUUGUCUUGGGAUUUUUUCUUCAUUCUCUGGGGUUGAUCUAGCAGCAGUUUCAAUGUGUAUUUAAGAUACCUUAAAAUGCAUUUAAAUGUUUUAGACAACUUAUAAAGCAAAACAAAAAGCAGUGCUGAAAAUUUUGUUUGGUGUAUGAAAAUGGUAAUUUAGGUACAGUGUUUAUUUACCUUUGUAUUUUUACAAGGGAUUUUGCCUCAUGCAUAUGCUACUGUUAAUAUUAAUCAGUUAAACAGUAACCUUUUGAGAGGCACAAAAACUGAUGCAACAGUGUAGCUCAAUGUGAUUAUCUGAUCUUGUUUUCCAUAAGCUUCCCUUUUUAAACACUUUGAUUAAAAUGCAUUUGUAGGCAUCCUGUAAUAUUUGUAAAAUGUACAAAAAAUUGAAAUGGUAAACUUGAAAUCUUAUGGAGUGUUUAUUUUAUAUGCAUCCGACAACAGAAGAUAUUGAAAGGGGUUUGUCACAUGAACGCAACACUUGUGAGUUUUGACAACUACUUCUGUUUGGCAUUGUUAUCUGUAUAGUUUUUACUUUGUCCAAUUGAAUAUGCAUCACUGUAUGGAGAUAAUCUUCUCACUGCCCAAACAUAUCGAAAUGUUCUUGUUUCCUCUAAAGGUCUGUGUUAAUGUACAUCCCGAUAAUAUCAUGUGAAUAUGAACUGUCUGGAGAGUUCAGAGGCUCUCCCACUCAGCCAGCCAAUUUAAAUGCAGCCUGUGCCUUUUUAACACUGCCUUAUGUAUUAGGUUAGCGUUAAGACCCCAAUGCUUCACUGUCUUUCCAUGGCUAUUUUGAGAGGGUUGAAUAGAAAAACAAAUGCAUCUGAGAGAUUUCCUCCAGUCUUGUCACUUUUUGUCUGUCAUUCCAUUUUAUGAUGUAACUAUUUGAUUUUAUCAAGGCAUGCUUUUUUUUUUUUUAAAUGAAUAAAAUUUGAAUAAUU